CCUGGUCCCGCCUCCAGGCCCCUUCCCGCGUCGCGACGCAGGCGGUCCCGGGAAGGCCGCGGCGCUGUGGUGUGGCGUGGGAGCCGGGUUCUUUUGUGGAAGAACGCGAAGCGAGGAUGAGUGAUCCGUGGAGGCAGUAACAGGCGCGGCGAGGGAGAAGUGAUUCCAGAAGAGUCAAGAGGCUGGGCCGGCCCCAGUGGCCUGGCAACAGGGUAAUAUGAGAAAUGAAGCCAACAGGUACAGACCCAAGGAUCUUAUCUAUAGCUGCUGAAGUUGCAAAAAGCCCUGAGCAGAAUGUCCCUGUUAUACUGUUGAAGUUAAAAGAAAUAAUAAACAUCACACCUUUAGGAAGCUCAGAGUUGAAGAAAAUCAAACAAGAUAUAUAUUGUUAUGAUCUCAUUCAAUAUUGCCUCUUGGUCCUCAGUCAAGAUUGUUCUCGAAUCCAGGGUGGUUGGACUACAAUUUCACAGCUUACACAGAUAUUAAGCCAUUGCUGUGUGGGCUUAGAGCCAGGAGAAGAUGCAGAGGAAUUUUACAAUGAAUUGCUUCCAUCAGCUGCAGAAAAUUUUCUAUUUUUGGGUAGACAAUUACAAACAUGUUUUAUCAAUGCAGCUAAGGCUGCAGAAAAAGAUGAAUUACUACACUUUUUCCAAAUUGUGACUGAUUCUCUCUUCUGGCUUUUGGGAGGCCAUGUUGAACUUAUUCAGAAUGUACUACAAAGUGAUAAUUUCUUACAUUUACUGCAAGCUGACAAUGUCCAAAUAGGAUCUGCAGUCAUGAUGAUGCUACAGAAUAUACUACAGAUCAACAGUGGUGAUUUACUCAGAAUAGGAAGAAAAGCUCUGUAUUCAAUUUUAGAUGAAGUUAUUUUCAAGCUUUUUUCAACUCCUAGUCCAGUCAUAAGAAGUACUGCUACAAAACUCCUACUGUUGAUGGCUGAAUCCCAUCAGGAAAUUUUGAUUUUACUGAGACAAAGUACCUGCUACAAAGGACUCAGAAGUCUACUAAGUAAACAGGAAACUGGGACCGAAUUCAGUCAAGAACUUAGACAGCUCGUUGGCCUUUUAAGCCCAACGGUCUGUCAGGAAGUAGAAGAACAGAAACUACAUCAAGCAGCAUGCUUAAUUCAAGCCUAUUGGAAGGGUUUUCAGACAAGGAAGAGAUUAAAGAAGCUUCCAUCUGCUGUGAUUGCUUUGCAGAGGAGUUUCAGAUCUAAACAAACAAAGAUGUUGCUGGAGAUAAAUAGGCAGAAGGAAGAGGAGGACCUCAAAUUACGAUUGCAGCUUCAAAGACAGAGAGCCAUGAGACUUUCUCGAGAAUUGCGACUGAGUAUGCUCGAAAUAGUUCAUCCAGGUCAGGUGGAGAAACACUAUCGGGAAAUGGAAGAGAAAUCAGCAUUGAUUAUCCAGAAACAUUGGAGAGGGUACAGGGAAAGGAAAAAUUUUCACCAACAGAGGCAGUCUCUCACAGAGUAUAAAGCAGCUGUCACACUUCAAAGAGCAGCACUUAAAUUCCUAGCAAAGUGCCAUAAGAAAAAGAAACUAUUUGCUCCUUGGCGAGGACUCCAAGAACUCACUGAUGCACGCCGAGUUGAACUGAAGCAACAAGUGGAUGACUAUGUCAGAAGACAUUUGGGCUCUCCAAUGUCAGAUGUGGUCAGUAGGGAGCUCCAUGCCCAAGCUCAAGAACGACUGCAACACUACUUCAUGGGCAGGGCCAUGGAAGAGCGAGCCCAGCAGCACAGAGAAGCUCUGAUGGCACAGAUCAGCACCAACAUUGAACAGCUAAUGAAGGCACCAAGUCUAAAGGAGGCAGAAGGCAAAGAACCUGAGCUCUUCCUAAGUAGAUCCAGGCCUGUGGCAGCCAAGGCCAAGCAGGCCCAUCUCACAACCCUGAAGCACAUACAAGCACCCUGGUGGAAGAAGCUUGGGGAAGAAUCUGGAGAUGAGAUUGAUGUUCCAAAGGAUGAGCUUAGUGUAGAAUUAGAAACUUUAUUCAUUGGUGGAACCAAACCACCUUAGUGAGUUACCUAAGAAUUGACACAAAUCUCAUAUUUUAGGAGAUUAUAUUGGUUCUGCCUCUGGCAUGCUAGUAGACUAGGGCCAUCCUAACUUAUUAUUUUCCAGAGGUGACAAGACCUGCAGUAAGCAAAGAGUUAUCUUCUACCUCUCUCUCAAUUUUCUUUUUCUUUUCUCUGUAUCCUCAUCCUUGGCCACACACAGAUUUAUGUGGCUUUUAUUGUAGAACUAAACUUAGCAUAGUGUUCUGUUAUUUACAUGAAGUGUGUUUUUCUUUGGUUUCUGCUGUUUUCCAACUAAAGAUUUUUUUUCUAAAUAAAUAUUUUCAACAAUUGAUUUGAAAAAUUUGUCAGGAUUAUUUCAACUUUCCACAUUUGUUAUCUGAAAUUCCUAUUUCCUAUUAACAUAGGAGGUGUGUGCAGACUUUAUUAAUGUGAGGAAAAGAAAUGCUCAAUUGAAGAACAUUUCCCUAUUUUCUAUAAAGCAGUGGUUGAACUCAUUUUCUAUUUUGUUAUUUCUAAAAGGAACUACUUACCAAAAAAAUGCAUUCUUUCUAUUAAACUAUGAGAACUA